GUUCCGUUCUGUCCUAGACGUGCUUUCCUAUCUCAACCUCCUCCAACCACCCAGUGCCAAGGCUCUCACCAAAACACGCCAUUAAUUAUUGGUGUGGAGGUCUGACAGCGUUUGCCCCGGUGUUUGGCGUGUGGCGCUGUUGAUUGAAAUGUCGGAGCGGGCUUGAUAAAUGGCGUUAUUGCGUGUAUUUAGGUUGUCAGAGGGGAGGUGGGGAGCCUCUCUGCUCGGACUCUGCACAGACUCCCGCCAGACCGAUAGCUGGAGGCAUGCCAGACAUGGUAAAGGGGUGGGUCUCCACAGUUCGAGAUUUCUUGGAGGAAUUUAGUGGGGAUCUAGGGGGCAGAUAGAGAUUUACGAAUUGAUUGGUGGUCGCGUUUUGUUUGGCUGCACGUCUUUGAGCCAGAAGACUCUGGAGCAUUGAGUUCUCUUAAAGGAUUAGUCCUGACGAUGGCCACCAAGAGACUAAGGAGGGGUCGCUAUCCUGGCGACACACAGCUGGUGGCCUCAACCAGGAGCGCGUCCUGCGAGCAGAGCAGGAUUUGGGCGCACUAACCAGCACACCUCGAAGAGACUUGGAUUUCAGAUUGAUUUGCGUGGAAUACCAAUCGUUUUCUUUUUCUUUUUCCCCUCAAAAUAUUCAAUUUUUAUAUACUGUAAUUUGUAGUCUUUUUUGUUACUUUUGUCAUCGAGAUUUAACGCUUAACAAUGACGACCGAAAGCUCCCAGCAACAGCUGGACCCGCCGCCUCCUCUCAGAUCUAGCCCGGCGUCCAGUGGCAUUAACUCGGCUGUCCAGAGCUCACAGACAGUGAUGGAGAGCACAACCGCGACCGGUACCAAAGGCAAAAAGUCAAAUUCGGGCAUGAGACGCCCCGAAAAGCCACCUUACUCCUACAUCGCUCUUAUAGUCAUGGCGAUCCAGAGCUCUCCGACUAAAAGGUUGACACUGAGUGAAAUCUAUCAGUUCCUCCAGGCUCGCUUCCCGUUUUUUAGGGGUUCCUACCAGGGCUGGAAAAAUUCCGUCAGGCACAAUUUAUCGCUAAACGAGUGUUUCAUCAAACUUCCCAAGGGCCUCGGGCGCCCGGGCAAGGGCCAUUAUUGGACCAUUGACCCCGGGAGCGAGUUCAUGUUCGAGGAGGGCUCGUUUCGACGUAGACCACGGGGCUUCCGAAGGAAAUGCCAAGCUCUGAAACCCAUGUACCGAAUGAUGAACGGAAUCGGCUUCGGGGCUUCUAUGCUGCCCCAAAACUUUGACUUCCAGUCCCCGUCCGCGUCCCUUGCCUGCCACGCCAACGGCUAUAAUCUGGACAUGAUGACCAACGCUGUGCCCGGCGGUCAUACGGGUUACGAUGGCCUUACUUCAAGCCACCACGUCUCACACAUGUCACCAAGCCCCGGUUCUACAUACAUGACGGCAUGCCAAGUGACCUCAAACGGCGAGUAUGGCCCGGACAGCAGCAAUAGCCCGCUUCAUUCACCCCCUGCGAUGUCCGGCUCUUUGGAGUGCCAUUCGCCAUAUGGAGCCGCCUCGGCGCACUGGCCUUCAUCUGGCAUGUCUCCCUAUAUUAAACAGCAGCCACUGUCCUCUAGCAGUCCGACCUCCUCUGGAUUACACUCGAGUAUGUCUCCCUAUUCUCUGGAGCAAAGCUAUUUGCAUCAUAACGGCAGAGACUCGGCGGCCGACAUCUCAGGAAUGUCUCGUUAUCAGGCCCACCCCUCGCCAGUCUGUGACAGAAAAGACUUUGUGUUGAACUUCAACGGCAUUACGUCGUUUCAUCCGUCCACCAGUGGAUCCUACUAUCAUCAUCAGCUACAUCACCAUCAAGGAGUCUGUCAAGAUGUGAAGCCAUGCGUUUUGUAAACGACGUCAAGCAGAGGAUUCAUAAAUCACCAGUUCGCCAUUUCGAAAUGAUGUGCACGAGGAACAGUUAUCUACCAGAGGAACAAGAGAAGAUGCGGAUGACAGUGUUCACUGAAGGAAUGAAGGACUCCAUGGGGAGCUAGAACGAGGUUUAUAAUGUAGGCUAUAUUUACUCUCUUGGAACAAACCUCGAAACUUCUGCAAAUUGUUUAACAAAACACCCAGUUUAUCCAGUCCACAAUAGCCUAGUGUUCUGUUUGGAUUGAUCACAUGUCUAAAGGUGAUGAGAAAUUGAGCAUAAUAAAGGCGUUGUAUAAUUCUCUUUUUUUAUGCACUCAAUAACCUACAGAAAUACAGAAUUAGCGUCCAAUGGUGUGGGAAAUGAUGUAUGUCACAAACCCACUUGAAAUCUUAUUUGUUUAAAUCUUACGUGUGUUUCUUUUUGACUGCUUUUAAAAGACUCCACCUCCUAUAUUUAGAGGGGUGAAUGUAUAUCGGUUUUAAUUCAUGUGUAAAAGGAAAGAGAUCGCAAUAGAAUAAUAAUGACUGCAUUUUUGUUAGUUGAAAAAAAUACAAUUACAGUACAAUAAAACGAUGUAUUCUCAAAAUAAAAAUAAAAAUAUACCCAGUGUUUUUAUUCAUUUAUUUAAUGCUGAAAAAAACUAAAUAUUUUGCUUUUCCGGACAAUACUAAUUCUAGCCAAGGCAAAAUAUAAAACUAUUUUUAGAUUUCUUUUGCACAUUUCAAAAGUUAAAGCUCGGGCUUUUUUUUUUUUUGAAAAAAAGAAAAAGAAAACUAAUUUGCGAAGAUGUACAAACUUGGAAACACAAAAAAAUGGGCUAAUAAAAUCGUGUUUCAAGAGGGAUACACGAAUACGACUAAAAGCCGCCUUUAUUAUUGCAUGUACAUUGUUUGAAAGUAAAAGAAAGUGUAAAAACGGAUACGAUAAGGAUAAAGAGGGAAAUUGGGUUACGACAUUGUAAAAAGACAAUUCAGCCCGGACAUGACACAAAAUGUUCAAUUUUGAUCAACAUGACAAAAUCACAUUUAAUUUGCCAUCGCUUAAGCAAAAGGACAAGGUCACUAAUUCGGCUCUUGAGAAAUGAAUAAAAACGUUAUUUUUUAUUAAUUUUUUUUUUUUUUUUUUUUUUUAAUAAAUAAUGAACAUAAUCAAAGCGCAUCAGAAUCAGCAGGACCCAGAGAUCAGUUAGAUUUAGCUAAAUCGAUCAAAUACAAGCGGGUGCAAUUUUCAGUUCAAUUCGAGAAUUACUUGAGGAUUAUCAGAGAGAAUGAAUAGAGAGAAAGUCAUGAACUGCUUACACCCUAUUACUCGUAUGUAGGACUGUAUGCGGAACUGCAUUCACAAUGUUAAAUGUUGCACAAUGUCGCCAUCUAGCGUUACACCGCACACUCGCACUGGAAAUGAGCGGCCACGACGAUCAAUGGAUUAUUCUUACAGUCGCUUUUGCAUUUGAAUGCUUUCGUGUAGGCCUACAUUCUUUUUCUCAUAAUAAUAUGAAAAAGUACACACAUUGUUAUUCCUAUAACAUUCUAGUUUCACUUGUGUCACAGAAAAAAUGGUAACGUAAAAAUUGCUUCAUGUGGUAAGAUCUAAAUUAACUGGUUUGCUUUAAACAUGAUGCAUUAUUAAUAAUAACAACAACAACAACAACAACAACUAGCAUUAGUUUGAAUUAGGCUGACUACCUACAAAAAUAAUUUUAUGAGUUAGAGCAGGCAGAAAUAGCUCAAGAUAGCAAUUGCUAGGGGUCUAGGCUAUUCAAAUAGUGUCCGUAAAAUCCUAAAAGUACACUUUUUAAAUAGAAUAUUAUCAGAUAGUAAUGAAUAUAAAUAAUGCUUUAGAGUACAGCACUGUACUUGACUUUACUGUUCAUGAAUACUGGUUUAGGUGUAAUUUUAAGUUAUAUUUUAAGGCAAUUAUAAUAUUUUAAUUGAAUUUAAGAUUAUUUUACAAGAAGUCCUUCAUUUUAAAUGAACACUUUUUUAAAUAACGCUAGACAUUACAUUUAAUUGAUGAAUGUUGCACUUGAGUACACAUUCAGGAAAUACACGUUAAAUUGUGUUAAGCAUGUUUUAGUACACCUGACCAAAGGUAUUUUUCCUUGUCACAAUUCAAAACAUUUCAAAUUAUAAUUCAGUAUAAUUUCAGGAAAUCUCUAAUUUCAAUUACACGUAAUGAGCAUGACUAAACAAAAUAGUACUUCUUUGUUAUGUCAACUUUUCUGUAUUACAAAAUUAAUGAUUAAAUAAAUAAAUCCAAGUUUAAAAAACUAUUUAAAUUGUGCUAUAUCACAUUGUAAUAAUAUUUUGUCUGAUAAGGUACACUCAGGGGCAGGGCCAGAAGGGUGGCACGCCCCAACUCGGACCCUGCUCGCAUCCUGGAGACGGUGCGCAAUGUCCAUAACAACAUUCCGCCCGUGUCUGGCAGGACACAGCGUUCACCCUCAGUAGACAGACCCCCCCAACCUCCUUAGCCACCCCUGGCAAAAAAUCCUGGACACGCCCCUGCAUACACUGUUAAAAGUGGUAACCUCCAAUUAUGGUAUAUGCUCUUUAAAUAGCUCUUUAAAGGAGCGAUUUACAUGAUCUAAUCAUUAAAAUAAGUGUAAAGAUUAGUCUACUUUUAAAAAAUCUGAAGAAAUGAAUAGUAUUCUGACAAUUAUGUUUAAUAUUUAUAUGAAUAAUUAUGUACACUCAUAUGUGAUGAAGGCAGGUAGUUUUAAACAUGUUGCUAUAGGUGUUUAUUAGCCCCAGUCAAGUCAUCAUAUUUUGGUCUCUAGAUAUGGCUUGUCCCUCAUUCAGUUCUAUUCCUCUUUUUCAUUUAUCCCUCUGGGAAAUAAUGUACCUUAAUAUUAAUCUAUCUUUUUAUCCAAUAUGGACUAUGUUCUAUUUACUAAAUCCUUCAAUUCUGAAACCCAUGCCUAAUAAAAUGUCCUUUUAUAUGAUCUUUGACAAUUUCUCUGUUCUAAUAUUGUGAAUAUUGUGCAUUAAGUGCAUUCAAUCUAGUUAUUUGUAAUUCCAAGAAUUUGCUUUGAGAAGUGAAACAUAAAACAUAGAGGCACGAAACCAGCGUCAUUCAAUAGAGUAGGACAGUGCACAACUUUCACAACCUAUCGUUUUACCCCUAGUGGUUGAAUAGGCAACUGCACGUCCAAAAUUAACUUACUUUUUGUAAUCUAUUUUUUUGUUGAAGUAGAUAGAAACAAGAAAACAACGUCAUUCAAUAGAGUAGGACACUGCACAACGUUCACAACCAUUCGUUUUACCUCUAAUGAUUGAAUAGGGAACUGCAUGUCCAAAAUGAUUUUUCUUUUUGUAAUAGUUUUUUUUGUUGAAAAACCAGUGUCAUGUCCCUCUCCAUUCUAAGUCCGACAGUGUGUAUAAAGAAGAGGAUGAGAUUGACCCUCAGUCAGCCCCAGGUUUAUAUUGGGCAUGCACUUGCCUAUUCAACCACUAGGGGUAAAACAAAAGUUUUUGAAAGUUGCUCACCACCUUUCGGUCCUGACAAGCUAAAGACUCAAGUUGGUUAGGUGAUUUUAAUUCCCAUCAACAUAGAUUUUUAAGUCUGUGCUAAACUGUCAGUGAACAUCCUUUUAUAUCUAGUCUUACCCGACAUAAUUGCUCUAUCGAAAGCUUCAAUAUGAAACUCCUAAACUUCACACAAUAUGAUUGCUAUUAACCCAUUAUAUUGUUCUACCAAAAUCUAAAAAUAAAAUGUUGUAUCCAUCCAUUGUGCUGUAUUCUGUUUAACUUUUUCUAGUGUUAUCGGAUUUGGAGAGAUUCAAUAAAAAACAGGUUUUGCAACCUGCCUGAACAUACCAAGGGGAUAGGAUUUAGAUAAGAUGGCGUUAUGUUAGCCAAAAUUUAUGAGUGUUGCCAGGCCUGUAACAGUGUCAAAUCUUAGUCUUAGAUUUAGGAAGUCUGUCUUCUAUUUUCAACCAGAUUUGUAGGCUCACCUAAAGGUUCAUGGACGGCAAAGGCCUCAAAGCAGUUGUGUAGUGCUACAGACAUGUCGAUGUCAGGCACUCACUAAACACAAGAGGGGAGAAGAGUCCUUAACACAGCAAACAAACUAAAACCUAAAACCAACUUGACAUGUAUACCUGGUUAGAAUGUAGAGUAGAAUCUCAUUGCCACCUGGUGGAUAAAUUAUGGAAUUGUUCCUUUGGUGGUCACCACAAUGGAUUGUUUUUACAAACUAAGACUUUACACGCAAUUCUGUCUUUCUUUACUGGAUAAUAUCACUUCAACCACCAUUAGUGGAGUGCUCAGCAAGGAAUCUCUCGUUUAAAACUGUAAGUAUCUUUUUCUUGCUCCUCUGCCUUCAGUGUGAACACUGUUCUGUUUAGGACUUUUUUCUUUCU